CUCGUACCCUUUCGCAUUUCGGCCGCCUUUUUACUAAAACAGAAGUGAAUGGCGCGCGUCCCGGCUUUCUGAUUAAGUUUGGCAUGGGACUUUAUUUGGUAUUUUGAGUAUAAUUAAACUGUUUGUUAAGGUUAGAUCGUAAGAAAACCUAACGUACAAUAUGGCGGGAGUGAAAUCGCUAGCAAUUAGAGGAAUAAGAAGUUUUGGACCUGAAGAUACCGACGAACAACGCAUACUAUUUGAUUCUCCAUUAACGCUGAUAUUAGGGCAAAAUGGAUGUGGUAAAACAACAAUAAUUGAGUGCUUAAGAUAUGCAAUCACUGGUCAAAUGCCGCCUGGUAGCAGGAACGAAUGCUUUGUUCAUGAUGCAAAAGUGAAUAGAUCAACAGAAGUACUCGGUCAAGUGAAAUUAAAGAUUGUCAAUGCAAAAGACAAACAGUUGGAGGUGACAAGGUCCAUGAAGGUGACUGCCUUAGCUAAGAAAAAGACCAAAUUUCAAACCCUGGAUUCCUUUCUUUCUACUGUUGAUGAAAGUGGCAAAACAAAAGAUGUAUCUUCAAGAUGUGCCGAUUUGGACAUCCUUAUGCAUGAGGAACUUGGGGUUUCAAAAGCCAUACUAAAUUCUGUCGUAUUUUGCCACCAAGAAGAUUCAAGCUGGCCACUCGAUGAAGGAAAAAAGGUUAAGGAAAGAUUUGAUGAAAUUUUUGAUGCUGAUAAAUACAGUGAUUGCUUAGAUCGUUUAAAAAAAAUAAGAAAGGAUUAUGCACAGAACUUAAAGUUGCUUGAACAAGAAGUGGCUCAUUUAACAGAGAAGAAACAAGAUUUAGACAAGAAAAAACUUAAUGUAGUUAAUACAGAGACAAAUAUCUCCCAAACUGAAAUAAAAGUAACAGAACUAACACAAGAAUUAAAACCAGUUAAUGAAAAAUUAAGUGCUAUCAAAACACUCGAGAACAACUUACUGAGUUAUGAAACCAAACGAGAAAAAAUUAAGAUGAGACUAGAGCAAGCUCGAACAGAAGAGGAGAAACUAAAAAACAACAUCAAGACUUUGUUUGAAGGAGCACUUGAUGAAUUGGAACAAAAUAUAAAAAACUACGCAACUACAGUUAAAGCUAAACAAAAAGAGCUUGAAGAUUCAUACAAAAAGAACACAUCAUUCAACAAGGAAGAAGAAAAAAUUGCCAAUGAGAAGUCUUCAAACGAGAUAGAGUACAACAAAUUUAUAUUAUUGGAAAGUCAAAAUCAAGAGAAGAUUGAUAAGAGAAAUGAACAGAUUGUCGAAACUGCAAAAAUUGCUGAAAUUGAAAACAUCACUGAAGUUCAAACAAACGAGGAAGCAGAGAAAGCCACAAAAACUAUUUUGGAAAAAGUAGAAAGUCUAAAAAGUGACCAUAAAGUGCAAAAAUCACAAGCUGAUGAAGAAGAAAAGAAAGCGCAGGGAUUCGUUGAUGAAUGUCGUGUAGCCUUGUCUGGUCAUACACAAAAAAUCAAUAGCAAAGAAGGAGAGAUAAAUAAGAAGAAAAAAGAGAUUACUAAAAUAGAAAAGGAUAUAACAUCAGCAAAUCAAUCAAAAGAUAAACUAGAAUUAAUUGAAAAGAAGUUGCUGGCAGUUGAAGAAGAACACAAACAAGCUGAAAACGAAUUAAACAUUGAAGAAUGUCAGCAAGAAAUCAACGAAGAUGAGAAAGCUGUGGAACAAUAUGAACAAGAAAUGGAUGAGCUUAGUCAAAAGAUAACCAAACUUCAAAAGCAAACUGCUAAAUUGAAAGAAAAGGAAAUGAUCGAAGAGAAUCUCAAAACUAAAGAAAAACAGUUAAUUGUUCUUAAAAACAAACACAAGACGGCCCUGAUGGAACUGCUUGGUAAUGUACCCGAAAAAGACUUUGCUGUGACAAUCAACAAAUUUGAGUGUGAAGUGCGAAAUGAAGUUGAAACCCUGAAGAAAAAAUUGAAAGAAAAACAGAUAGAGAUAACGACUUUGGAAGCGGAGCGAAAACAUAUUCGUGAAUCUUUAAACGAACGACGCAGUGAACUGACUAACGCCGAAGACAAAAUAUACAAGGCGUGCGGAACCCAGCCCUAUGAUGUUACGUUAUCUAAAUAUACAACCACAGUAGAAAAACUUCAGGAUGAACAAAAUGUUUUACAAUCUUCAAUGUUCAUCAUAAACAAAUAUAAAGGGCAACUUAAAGAUAACAGUUGCUGUCCAUUAUGCAAUCGCGGCUUCGAAAACGAGUCUGAGGUAACCGACUUAGUAACACAACUAACAACUCAAGUUAUGAAUGUGCCGGGUAAACUUGAAAAAGUUACUGAAGAUCUCCAAAGAGCGUCAGCUAAAAAAGAUGAAAUACUCAGUAUGAAGUCUUUAAAUGAGAAAAUAACCACUCUUAAAGAUACGGAAAUCCCCCAGCUGGAGAAACGAAUUGUUGAUGUUGAUACUCAAAUUAAGACUCUAAAUGAAACAGUGGAAGAAAUAACCAUGUCUCUGAUUGAACCAGAGCAAAAGAUGACCACUGCUAAGCAAAUACACGGGGAUAUGCCGAUGCUUGACCGCUAUAUACAAGAAAUUAAAACGGUCACCAAAAAGUUUGAGGCAGUAAAAGAACAAUGUGGCGAUGUUGAUUCAGAAAUGACGUUGGAUGUUGCGACUGCCAAGCAAGUGGAUUUUAAGCAAAAAAUUAGCACCCUAAGGAAUCGCGUAAAAACUACACAGAAGAAAUUAAAUGCACACAACAAGAAACUGCAAACAUUAUAUGAAAAAAAAACUAAAGCUAAGGAAGAAUUGUUAAAUACACAGAAAAAGGUUCAAGACAUCGUAAAUCUCGAGGAAUCUAAAAAGCAACUGCAAUCAGAUUGUGAGAGACUAGAAACCGAACUAAAAGAACUGAAAGAAGCUAUAACCCCACUGGAAGUCGCACUUAAAGAAAAAAUCGAUGCUAAGAGCGAAGUAGUGAAAAGGAACAGAGAUUUGAUUGAGGCUGGAAGUGCCUAUAUUGCAAAAGUCGAAGUAGCUUUCAAUAAAGUAAAGUCUCUCGAUGCUGAGAUCCAACAGCAUAAAAAAAAGAAUGUACCCCGUGAAAUGGAGAAGAUACAAGAAGCAAACGAUAAAUUAAUGGAAAAACAAAAACAAAUCAUGACUGACAGACAAGUGCUCACAAAAAAAAUUGAUACUCUUAAAGAUGAAAUUGCAAAGCAAGAGGUUUAUAAACGUGAUCUAGAUGACAACUUGUGUUUGCGUAAAGCACAAACGGACAUCACAAAUUGGCAAAAACAAGAUGAUGAAUUGAAUGAAAAAUUGAAUGGUAUUAACAAAGAAGAAUUAAAUGAAAAAGAAUCAUUAAUCAUUAAGCAAACGAAGUUGUUCCAACAGAAGGCAGAGUGCACUGGAGCAUUGAGUGAACUUAAGAAAAGUUUAAAAGGCUUCAGGAAUGAACUGGAAAAAUCUUUAUCUAAGGAUAUAGAAAAAAAAUUUAGAGAAAAAAUGUAUGAACUACAUGUAACUAAAGCUAUUGACAAAGAUAUAAGGGAAUAUGCUGUUGCUUUAAAUAAAUGUCUUAUGGAGUUUCAUAGAGAGAAAAUGGAAAAUAUCAACAUGAUUAUCAGGGAACUUUGGCGAAAGAUAUACAGAGGUAAUGAUAUUGAUUACAUUGAAAUCAAGACUGAAGGCAACUUAACUGUAGAAUCAGAACGACGCAAAUAUGACUACAGAGUAGUACAAUCUAAAAACGGUGUGGAAAUCGACAUGCGUGGAAGAUGUAGUGCUGGUCAAAAAGUACUCGCUUGCCUAAUAAUAAGGCUAGCACUUGCAGAGACAUUCAGUUCCAGGUUUGGAAUACUUGCUUUGGAUGAACCAACAACAAAUUUGGAUCAAGAAAACAUUCACAGUUUGUGUGCAGCCCUUGGUGAAAUAGUCCAAGAGCGAAUGAUGCAAAAAAACUUUAUGUUUAUUAUUAUCACCCAUGACAAAGAAUUUAUAGAGUCACUUGGGAACAUUGAUAAAGUUACACACUAUUAUGAGGUGUCUCGAAAUGACAAUGGCAAAUCUAGGGUCAAGAGGAUUAGAUUUAUGUAGGUCUAUUUUUUUGUUUGAACCAUUCCUUAAAUACAUACAAAUUUUAUUUUAACAAUAAGUAAAAGGCGGUGCCUUAGGAAGAACUUUAAAAUAUCAUUGUCAUUAAAAUUAUAUUAUAGGUUAUGUAAUGAUUAAAACUUUUUUC